AACACCACAAUUUAACUCAAAGUGACUCAAAAACAAAGAUUACAGCCAAAUUUCUUUUUGCCAUUCCCGUACGACACUGAGUGAAUUAUGAAUAUUAUGAAGUCUUCGCCUUCCUCUUCCUCCUCCAAUUAGUCUCUCAAUACUCCGAUCCAGAUCCCAAAUCCUCUCUUCUUCAUCUUCUUCUCCGAUCUGGAUCCCUAAAAAAAAACAACUGCAAUGUCUUCCUCUCGAUUCGAUUCAAGCAAACAAUACACAACCACCAGCCUCGUCAUCGGCUACGCACUCUGCUCCAGCCUCCUCGCCGUCAUCAACAAAUUCGCAAUCACCUACUUCAACUACCCUGGUCUUCUCACCGCACUCCAGUACUUAACCUGCACCUUCGCCGUCUGGCUUCUCGGCAAAUUAGGGUUUCUCCAUCACGAUCCUUUCACCUGGGAGACUGCUAAGAAGUUUCUCCCCGCAGCUAUCGUCUUCUACCUCGCCAUCUUCACCAACACCAACCUCCUCCGUCACGCUAAUGUCGAUACCUUCAUCGUCUUCCGAUCUCUCACCCCUCUCUUGGUCGCGAUCGCUGAUACUAUCUUUCGUAGCCAGCCUUUGCCUUCCAGGCUUACGUUCUUGUCUCUCAUCGUCAUCCUCGCUGGUGCUGUUGGGUAUGUUGCAACUGACUCGGCUUUUACUCUUACGGCUUAUUCUUGGGCUUUGGCUUAUCUCGUUACCAUCACUACUGAGAUGGUUUACAUUAAGCAUAUGGUGUCGCAUCUAGGAUUGAACAUUUGGGGAUACGUUCUGUAUAAUAAUCUCUUGUCGUUGAUGAUAGCUCCGAUCUUUUGGUUUCUCACUGGAGAAUACACCGAGGUUUUCGCCGCCGUGAAUGAGAACCGGGGGAAUUUGUUUGAGCCUGUUGCGUUUUCAGCUGUGGCGCUGUCUUGCGUGUUUGGUUUCCUUAUCAGCUACUUUGGAUUUGCUGCUAGGAAUGCUAUCUCUGCUACUGCUUUUACAGUCACUGGUGUUGUUAACAAGUUCUUGACUGUUGUGAUCAAUGUUCUGAUUUGGGAUAAGCACGCAACUCCUGUUGGCUUGGUUUGUCUUCUUUUUACUAUCUGUGGAGGUGUUGGUUAUCAGCAGUCUGUGGCUUUGGAUAAACCGGUGGACACCGAGAAGGAUAACAAGAAGGAUAGUGAGAAAGGCGAGGAAGAUGAAGAGUUGACGCCGUUGAAUCAGGGGAAGAUAGCUUCUGUUGUAUGAAGAGAGGUUUCCAUUUGUUUUGCACCCAUUUCAGGUGUGUAGCAAUUGAUUUCGGAAUCUGAUUAUCUUAGCAUUUUUUUUUUUUACAUUUACAGAGGUUGCUAGUGAAAGUGUGAACGCUUUUCCUGGUUUCUGACCUCUAUAUAGUAUUACAUUUUGUAAACCCUGUCUCCCCUCAUCUUCUUUAUCCAUCAAUACAAAAUCAGUUUCUGUUCUGUGUCUCAA